UUUGACGUUUGACAGUUAAAAAACUCAAGUUUUAACCUUUCUUUAGUAUUUUAAACUACUAUAUUCAUUAGAAAUAUAUUUUUAACAUUAAUUAAACAUAAACCCUUUACAAGGAGCUAACCAAAAUGAUUUUCCAGUUGGUGAGGAGUCUACACACAGGUCCUGUCUGCCGUGCUGCGGAAUCCUCCCUUUUGGCUAAAUUAAGAAAGAAAACAGGUUAUACCAUUGCUAACUGUAAAAAGGCUCUUGAAAUGCAUAACAAUGAUACUGACAAGGCUGAAACAUGGCUCAAUGAGCAGGCUCAGGCUAUGGGAUGGGCAAAGGCUACAAAGUUAGCAGGCCGCUCUGCCCUCCAAGGCCUGGUAGCUGUGAAGUUUGACAGGAACCAUGGUGCGCUUGUCGAGCUGAAUUGUGAGACAGAUUUUGUCGCUAAGAAUGAUAAAUUCCAAAAGAUGAUUGAAGAUGCUGCACUGGCUUGCUUCAAGUUUGCUCAUACUAAUAUGCAGUCUAAGGGUCCAGUCACAAAGAUGGAGUUAGACAGUGAGCAAUUGGGAAAUUUAUCAGCUGAAGGAGGAAAAAAACUGUCAGAAAUAUUAGCUUUAUUUAUUGGAUCAGUAGGUGAGAAUGCAGUGUUGAGGAGAGCCGAGUGUUGGAAAGCUAACAACAGUGAUGUUAAAAUCGCUGGCUACACUCACCCUGCACCGGCAGUACUUAGUGACUACUCAGCAGGGAAAUAUGGGGCUCUGUUAGCAUACAAACAGGGUAAAGACCAUGAAGAUAUCGGCAAACAACUCUGCCAACAUAUUGUAGGCUGUGCGCCAACAAAGAUUGGUGACAAAGAAUUGGAUAAACCUUCUAAAAACUCUGAUGAUGAAACAUGUCUCAUAUACCAAGAGUACUUGUUGGACCCGUCGUACACAGUAGAUGAAGUUUUGCAAGAAAAUAAAAUUGAAGUCAUAGAUUAUGUUAGAUUCUCAUGCGGAGAAGUUGCAGAAGCGUCUAUGCCAGGUGUUGAGAAGCAACCAUUAGAUACAGUUCAAACUGUUCAGUGAAUUACUGAAGUUAACGCAAAUGUUAGAAAUUAUAUUAUUUUAAAAUUAUGUUGCAUUUAAGAUGAAUAAAGUUAUAAACUAUU